AUGACUCAAAUCGCUACCGGAUCUAAACUACCUACCGCCGUCCGCCUUGGUUAUAUUCCUUAUACCCCAGAGCAUGAAAAUAUCUGCUCCAUUGGUCGGCCGGCUGAGCUUGACUUAUCUAAAAUUCUUCCAGGUAAGAAAGUAGUUAUUGUGGCUGCUCCAGGUGCAUUUACUCCUACCUGUACGGAGAGACACAUUCCUCCUUAUGUUGCGGACUACGAGAAGUUGAAGAGUAGGGGCAUUGAUGAUAUCUUCAUCGCCACUACAGAUAAUCCAUUUGUUCAGGCUGCUUGGGGUAAGGCUUUAGGUAAUAAAGGCCAAUUGAAAUUUGUUAGUGACCCUAAAGGUGCAUUCAGUGCACAGCUUGGUCUAGCCGAUCUCAAAGGUGAUGAUUACGUUCCUGCCCGUACUUUCAGAUAUGCAUUGGUCGUUGAUAAUGGUACUGUUAAGUAUGUUGGUGUUGAGAAGAACGGUAGUCUUGAGCAUUCGACGCUAGAUGCUGUGCUUAAAUUCCUAAAGGCUUAG